AUUAGAGUCAAAGUGCAAAUUGAAUUGAAUUGAACAGAAUUCAUAAGUAUAAUUAUAGAUAUUCCUCAAAUCAAAUUCGCUAAUCAUGUCUUUUCCACUUGUUUGUCUUGGUAACCCAUUAUUAGAUCUUCAGUGUAAUGUUGAUGCCUCAAUUUUGAAAAAAUACGAUUUGAAUGCUAAUGAUGCCAUUUUAGCUGAUCAAAAACAUAUUCCUUUAUUUUCUGAAGUCCUAGGCUUUCCUGAUAUCAAAUUUAUUGCUGGUGGUGCUGCUCAAAACACUGCAAGAGCUGCUCAAUAUAUUUUACCUUCAAAAUCCGUUGUUUAUUUUGGUUCUGUUGGUAAAGAUAAAUAUUCUGAAUUGCUUUUAACCGCCAAUGAAAAAGCUGGUUUAAUUUCAAAUUACAUGUUUCAAGACGAUUUUGAAACUGGAAAAUGCGUUGCUUUGAUCAGUAACUUUGACAGAUCUCUAGUCACUGAUUUAGCUGCUGCUAAUCAUUUUGAACCUUCUCAUUUACUAAAACCAGAAAAUUGGAAGCUUGUUGAAAACGCUAAAAUCUUUUAUAUUGGUGGUUUCCAUUUAACUGUUUCUCCAGCUGCAAUUAAAUUAUUAGGAAAGCAUGCCGCUGAAACCAACAAACCAUUAGUAUUGAAUUUAUCUGCUGCUUUCAUUCCUCAAUUUUUCAAAAAUCCACUAGAUGAGGUUCUUCCAUAUUGUGAUUUUGUCAUUUGUAAUGAAACCGAAGCUGAAUCAUAUGCUGCAUCUCACAACUUAACCUCCACAACUGAUUUGAUUGAGAUUGCUAAAUCAAUUGCAAAAUCACCAAAGGAAAACUUGAAAUAUCCAAGGACUGUGAUUUUCACUCAUGGUUUAGAACCAACUAUCACUGUCACCUACAAAAUCGAUACUGACGAUUUUAUCAUUAACGAAUAUAGCGUUCAUGCCUUAGAAGUAGAAAAAAUUGUUGAUACCAAUGGGGCAGGUGAUGCUUUUGCUGGUGGUUUUGUUGCUGGUUUAGUCUUGGGUAAACCACUAAAAGAAAGUAUUGAUAUUGGUCACUGGGCUGCUAAAGUCAGUAUUCAACAAGUUGGUCCAUCGUUUCCAUAUGAGCCAAAACAAGUUUAUCCUGGUCUUUAAUCUCAACUAAUGAUCAUUUGAUAUUUUGACUCUAUUUGACGCUUUUGAUUUUUCAUUAUUUAUUUACUUAUUUCAUUCAACAUGAACCUUUGACUUUAGUUUAGCAUUUCUUUUAAUUAUUUUCAGAUAUUUUAUGAUUCUAUAGAUUUUCAACAAAUAAUAUUCAUUG